AUGACCCACAGUACCGCCACGGGAAGGCUCAUUUUGUCGACGCGUCGCUCAAAUUGUGGGGUUUGUUGAUCAGGAGUCAGCUGCAGACCAACGACAUCAACACUUUGCAAGAGAGUACCUAACUCAGACGUCAGCAUGGCUUCUGUGAGAUUCACCGUUCUCAGCUGUGCCGUGUUCCUGCUGCUUUCCUGUCAUUUUGGACAGGCCUGCUGGCCCGGCCUGCUGGACCAGCUGUUUCCUGCAGCUGAGGACGAGACACGUCCCACCAAACGCCCUAAGCCUACUAAGCCGGGGGCAGGAGACAGCUCCGAGACAGGAGACGAGAGCACUGGGGCAGGAAGCAGCCCCGAGACAGCAGAGGAGCGAAGCAGCUCCGAGACAGGAGACGAGCGAAGCAGCUCCGAGACAGCAGAGGAGCGAAGCAGCUCCGAGACAGGAGACGGGAGCCCUGGGACAGGAGGCCGCCCCGAGACAGGAAACCAGCGCCCUGGGGCAGGAAACCAGCGCCCAGGCCGCUCUUCCCGAGGGCGCGGUCGUGACUGAGCUAUCGAGACAGUCCUUCUGAUUUUGGAGACCGUUCGUAAAAUGAUGGCCCUAUACCUUACUUACAGAAGUGAUAUUUCAAACAGUACUUCUUUGACUUAUGUAGAGUCCAUCGCAAUUUUGUACUAAAACACGUGAAGAAAUGAAUCUAUGGAGUCGUGUUUACAAACAGUAGUGAAUAUAUUAUCUGACACGACAAAACGUUUUUUUCUUCACUUAUUUCUUCACUUCACCCAGUAGCUUAUUUGCUCAAGGACUUUAACAGGGUCUGCAAAAAUAUAUAAAAAAAGCUAACCAUGAUCAGGUACUACUAGUUGAGGAAUAUCUACAUUUGGAACAGAACUAAUAAACAG